AGUCUCAAGCACACCGCACCUGCAUUCGUACGCUCUCGCUUGUCUCCUGAAUCACCUGUUUACCAAUCACCAUGGCUGCUAAGGGUCUCCUCGUCUUCGCCGUCCUCGUCGCCGCCCUCGCCCUCUGCCACGCCAGCGAGACGCCCACGAAGAAGACCGACGGGCGCCUCUUCUCCUCCAACGACGACACCUCCGUCUCCAUCGAUAGCGCGGGUGUUAUUGGGCUUGUUGUCCUCGCCAUCAUCAUCGGCCUCAUCGGAAUGGCGCUCGGCGUGUUCUCCAACGGCAAGGCUGACCUCACUGGGUUCGGCGCUCCUACUGGUUAUGCCGCUUCCGCCCCUGCCUAUGCCCCCGCCCCUACCUACGCCCACGAGGAGUCGGCCUACAACGUCCACCGCUCUAUGGAAGACGCCCAUACCAAGUACCAGUAAGAUGGUAUCGACGAUGGAAGCGAGAAGGGACGAUAGGCCUACAAAAAAUUACAUUUUGGUUUGAUGUAAUUUGGGGAAAAAAAGGUUUAGUCUCUUCUUGGGUUGAUUUUGCUGGUGGAUAAUGAUGAUGGAUUGAAUGGUAUUUCGUUGAUGAUUGAAUGAAGUGACUUUUUUCUGACGUGAGUGUCUGACAUGAGUUUUUGACGUGAGGUGACUUGAAGCUUUGGACUUGACUUACGAGUGACUUUUCUCAGGUUGACUAAAGAGCGACUCUUCUCAGGUGACUAAAGAGUGACUUCUCAUGUGACUUAGGGGUGACUCUACCUUGGUGACUAAAUAGCUAACUCUACUUAGACUGUACUCAGGUGACUUCCCAGUUGACAAAUGGGUGACUUUCCAGAUGACUGACGGCGACUCACGACCACUUACGACUUUUACUGAAAUAUUGACUUACGGUACUUCACCUGACUCAAACGACUCACUAAUGACUAAACUACGACACAAGACUCGAUAUAUGAUAACCAGUUCGACUUACUGACACACACACAUAUCAAACUGACAUAUUGUAAGUGUUAUUUCACUUCAUGACCAAAACAGACAGCGUGACUCUCAUGCACUUGACCUUUCCUCAUGACUGGAAAAAAAAUACAAAUGACAACUUUAUUACCACUUCAUUGACUGACUAUAAAACACAUCUCACACCGUAUGACAGUUCUCUGACAUAAUAAUAAUGUCAACAACAACAGUAUCAACAAAACGUGACAGAUUUGACCCAGACUGAAUCAUAAUCCACACCGGACUUGACCUAGAAUGACCCACUCUCUCUCACCAGGUCAAUGAAAUGCUUGACCUGUUACGUGACCUUCUGACUGUGAUUUUUGAUGACUGAGCUACGUAUUUGAGCUCAAUUUACUGUUAUUUAUUUAUUAUUUAUUUUCAUGUUACUACUCUGAUGUAAAUAUAUAUUUAUUCAUA